AUGACCAAGUCCUUCAUUGUCACUCUAAAAGAUCACGUCCCAGACGUUGAUGUCGCAUCCAUUAAAGAUUCAGUCUCUAAAAUGGGUGGUGAGAUCACACACGAAUUCUCCUUGAUUAAAGGUUUUACCGUCAAGUUACCAGAAUCAAUGCACAUUGACAGCAUCAAGAGCAAGCACUCCGAUGCUAUUGCCAACAUCGAAGAGGACAAAGAAGUGUCCAUCAAGAAGUAA